CGGGCGUGGACUCCCGCAAGUGACACCACGAGCACACGCAAAGCGCAGAGCACGCAAAGCGUAGAGCACUCUCACGUCCACUCAGCGCAGGUCACAGUGCGGACGAAGACGCGCAACAUCAGCGCUGACAUCGACUCACGCGCAGGUCGCACAAAAGUUCACAGGCGGUGGGCACGCACUACCGCCAUAGACUCACGGUCACACCGACUCAAAGACUCACGCAGUCGCACGCAAGCUGAGACUCGGUGACACACACAAGUUAAGAGUGACACACACGUAAACUAAGUGACACACACACACAAGCUAACACUCAGUGACACACACACACUCUAAGAGUGACACACACACACAAGUUAAGAGUGACGCACACAAACUAAGAGUGACACACACACACAAGCUCAGAUUCAGUGACACACACACACUCUAAGAGUGACACACACACACAAGUUAAGAGUGACACACACACACACAAGUUAAGAGUGACACACACGUAAACUAAGUGACACACACACACAAGCUAACACUCAGUGACACACACACACUCUAAGAGUGACACACACACAAGUUAAGAGUGACGCACACAAACUAAGAGUGACACACACACACACAAGCUCAGAUUCAGUGACACACACACACUCUAAGAGUGACACACACACACACAAGUUAAGAGUGACACACACACACACAAGUUAAGAGUGACACACACGUAAACUAAGUGACACACACACACAAGCUAACACUCAGUGACACACACACACUCUAAGAGUGACACACACACAAGUUAAGAGUGACGCACACAAACUAAGAGUGACACACACACACACAAGCUCAGAUUCAGUGACACACACACACUCUAAGAGUGACACACACACACACAAGUUAAGAGUGACACACACACACACAAGUUAAGAGUGACACACACGUAAACUAAGUGACACACACACACAAGCUAACACUCAGUGACACACACACACUCUAAGAGUGACACACACACACAAGUUAAGAGUGACGCACACAAACUAAGAGUGACACACACACACACAAGCUCAGAUUCAGUGACACACACACACUCUAAGAGUGACACACACACACAAGUUAAGAGUGACACACACACACACGCUAAUACUCAGUGACACACACAAGCUCAGACUCAGUGACACACACACGCACUAAGAGUGACAUACACACACAAGCUAACAGUGACACACACACACAAGCUCAGACUCAGUGACACACACACAAACUAAGAGUGACACACACACAAGCUAACACUCAGUGACACACACACACACAAGCUAACACUCAGUGACACACACACAAACUAAGAGUGACAAACACACACACAAGCUCAGACUCAGUGACACACACACAAACUAACACUCAGUGACACACACACACAAAUUAAGAGUGACACACACACACAAGCUAACAGUGACACACACACACACAAAUUAAGAGUGACACACACACACAAGCUAACAGUGACACACACACACAAGCUAACACUCAGUGACACACACACAAGCUAACACUCAGUGACACGCACAACUUGAGCGUCAACUCGUUGACACGCGCAGCCACACACCGAGUCCGUCACACGUGACACGCUCACGACGCACACCGCCUCGCUCGCGUCACGCCGCUCGACACUUCAUCACAGACUCGCACGCGCGCUCACUCCACCACGAGCGCCGCGCGCACACUUUGGCCGUGAGCUUCCCCUUACAAAGCAACUCCUGUGCACACGAGGACACGAGGAAGAACGCCCGCUGGAUCAUCAUGUAGGGGCUGGGGAUGAUCGUGAAGAUAACUCCAAGUUUCGGGACGGCUUAACCUAACUUAGAAACAGACACGGUCACAGACGAGCCUGUCGAUUUUAUACAUGCAGAGUAAAUAGAUAUUAUAGAGAGAUAGAGAGACUUUGACUUUUUCAAACAACUUUAUUCCUCCAGCGUCAAUUGCGCUGGAGUCAUUAGUCGUAAACGGUUCCUGGUGACAGGCAGAAGAACCACGGCACAGAGAGCUCGUGGAACUUAAAUGCGUAGCCAUGGACGGAGAGGAACCGAACUCGGCGUCGGAGGAACGGGACAACAGCAGCAGCGGCAACUCCUCAGCGGAGUCACCGGAGCAGAGCCGGCUACUACGCAGCGCCUCCAACUCCUCCUCGUCGUCUUCCUCGUCCUCCUCGGAGGGGUCGCUCCGGGCUGAGCUGGAGCGGCUGAGUCGCGAGCUGGCGGCCAGCAGCCGGGAGAAGGUGCAGGCCGCCGAGUACGGCCUCGCCGUGCUGGAGGAGAAGCAGGCGCUACAGGAGAGAUGCGACGCGUUCGAACAGGCGUACGAGGCGAUGCGCGCAGAGAUGGACCUGCUCAAGGAGGCCCUGGGCCAGAUGUACUGCAGCCAGCGGCAGACGGUGGUGGAAGGGGCGACGCGAGAGGAAAUACUCCUGGACGAGUCGGCGGGGAAGGACGCGUUCUACCUCUCUGAGUUCCUGCGCCUGGAGGGAGAAGUUCGCCACUCGCGCACGACACUCAGCAACGCGCAGGCCGAAGCCCAGCGGCUCGACUGCCUCACCCUGGGCCUCAGCGAGAGCGUGCAGGAGCUGCAGUCGGAGAGGGGUCUUCUGCGGGAGGAGCUGAAGCAGUACAAGCUCCAGGAGGCCAGGCUGCUGCAGGACUUCAGCGAGCUGGAAGAGGAGAACAUCUCCCUGCAGAAGCAGGUCUCCAUUCUCAAGCAAAAUCAGGUGGAGUACGAAGGCCUCAAGCUGAAAAUCCGUCAGCUGGAGCAGGAGGUGGAGUUCAUCAACAGCCAGCAGGAGGAGGCCCUCCGCCUCAAGUCCAUGGCCGAGAAGCAGCUGGAGGAGAGCCUCGAGGUGCUCGCCGCGGAGCGCGAGCAGAAGAGCCUCCUGCGCAAGGAGUUUGCCCACUACUCCGGUUUCGGGGACGUGGCGAUCACCCACGGCGUCACCCUGGCCGACUCCUCCUCGCCGGAGCGGCCGGAGCUCGACGACGAAGCGACGACGGCGAAUGGCCACGGCCCAGCGGCGAGCCAGGUGAAGGGCCGUUGCUCGCCCGGCGAUCGCAGGAGUUGGGACGGCAGGUCGCCGGCUCCCGGCGUCGUCUCGGAUCUGCUGAGCGAGCUGCGAUUCACCGAGAUCCAGAAGCUGCAGCAGCAGCUCGCGCAGGUUGAAAAGGAAAACAACGGUCUUCAAGCAAAACUGCAGGAAUGUCAGAAGGCCCUGGCACAGACGGAAGAGACUCUCAGCAAUCAGCGAGAACUUCUCAACCAAGCGACUGAUUUCAAGGGUGACAGCAAUGGAAACGUGGAGAAUGGAAACCAUGGAAUUUGCCCGGCCGCGACGGAACAUUCCGUGGGAAACCACGGGACGGACGGCGUUAAAGGCAAAGCGGCGCAGAGAGACUGUUCCGACGAGGAGAUCGCUUCUCUGCAAGAAAAGCUCCUGGACUUCGAGUCGCGAGAGGGCAACGUCGUGGAGAAGCUGUCAUCGAUGGAAGAGCGGGAGAGGAAACUGCGGGAUCUGGUGGAGGUGACGCGGCAGGAGCUCAACGCGGCCCAGGAGGAAUUGGUGCUGUUCAGCGAGGAGCUUGCCAACAUCUACAACCGCGUGUGCAUGCACAACAAUGAAAUGCCCGAGCGCAUCAUGCUGGACUACUACAAGAACGGCGGCGGAGAGGCCCCCGACGCCGGCGGCGUCGCCCUCCACUCGUCGGACGACGGGCCGCCCGGCCCUCGCCGCCCGGCCGCGAUCGCCGAUCCUCGCAGCGGCCCCGACGCGGUGCCGCCGUCCCCGCUGUCGUCGGUCCGGGCCGAGCCCAUGGGCGUCGGCAGCCUGACGGCCGUGGUCCGCUCGCAGGUGAGCCGCCUGCAGGGCGCCGUGGAGCGCUCCCUCGAGGUGUCGUGCCAGCGGUCGGCGGCGCGCGACGAGGAGGCGCUCUCCGCCGGCAAGGACAAGGGGACGCUGGCGCAGGAGGUGCUCAAGCUCAAGUCGCUGCUCAACACCAAGCGCGAGCAGAUACAGACGCUGCGCAUCGUGCUCAAGGCCAACAAGCAGACCGCGGAGGUUGCGCUCUCCAACCUGAAGAGCCGAUACGAGAACGAGAAGUGCCUCGUGAUGGAGACAGUGCUCAAGAUGCGUAACGAGCUGAAGGCGCUCAAGGAGGACGCGAUCACCUUCUCCUCGCUGCGCAACAUGUUCACCACCCGGUGCGACGAGUACGCGUCGCAGCUGGAUGACAUGCAGCGCCAGCUGCUGGCGGCAGAGGAUGAGAAGAAGACGCUCAACUCGCUGCUGCGCAUGGCGAUCCAGCAGAAGCUGGCGCUGACGCAGCGUCUCGAGGACUUGGAGAUGGGACGGUCGGAGCACGGACGGCACGCUCACCACCCCGGCCACACCAAGGUGCGCCCCGGGCCGCCUUCCUCCCCUCUCCCACCCGAGCAUUGGUGAUCAUCCUCAUCCUCCUCCUACUCGUGCUGAGUGCCCGCCUACUGCCGGCCACGUUUCCAUCGAUCGCGUUUGACCUCCGCGCUUUGGACGAGGUGCGAGGGCUCUCAGACUUAACAGCACAAAGGUCACGACCUUCGUGCUCAGGUCACGACCUUCGGGCUCCACCGGUUCGUUGCCUCGGUUGCACAGGACGUUGAAAGACCGCCGCCCCCCCCCCCCCCGUGAGAUUAUUUGACAAAGGGGGGGCCUCUAGUGCCGGCGUCACGACCCAAAUUAGCCAAAUGAGAAGAAUUACCCGCAAAUGACUCCGUCGGGAGACACGGCAGCAGUGACGCUGCCCCCCCACCCACCGCGGACGCUGAAGAGUGUUGAGACUCGAUGAAGCAUCCCAGAGUUGACUAAGUGUGUCAUUAUUCGUGCAAAAUUAAUCACGAACAAUUAUCAGAACGUACCAAAGACGAAGGGCUACUGCAUUCUCCUGCAUAGAUUUCGAUAUUGUUUUUUUAUACGUGUAAGAUAUAUAUAAAACAAUUGUUGACACCCGCUAAUCAAACACCACAUUUUUAUGAAGCCAUUGAAGGUACUCCUAGAGUAUAUGUGUAUGUUAAAAUUAAAAGGCUUUAAUGUAUACCCCCUCAAGUUAGCAUUAACGAUUGUGUGGUAUUUAUUGAAAUUAAUUUCGUGACUUCAAAGCACAUUUGAAAGUACAUUUUGCACACUUGUUCCAAUAUUGUACGGCAAUUAUGAUUAUAACUAUUCAACGACCCGAAAUGUUAUCUAAAGUGCUGAGUCUUUCCCAGGGCUAAAUUUCGACCUUAGCUGGCUGUCACGUGGUGAGAUACACAAAAUAUUCAACGCCCCGCCCCCCUCCCCAUCCCCCUCCCCACACCGCCCCCCCUCCCCCUCCCGCCCCCUCUCCCCGCCCCCCCCGCUAUGAGGAGUCUACAUUACAGUCUACAUUAUAGACUGCCAGCACGCUCACUCAGGUUCAGUUUAAUAACCAUUGCUACAGUCUACAUUAUAGACUGCCAGUACGCUUACUUAGGUUCAGUUUAAUAACCAUUGCUACAGUCUACAUUAUAGACUGCCAGCACGCUCAUUCAGGUUCAGUUUAAUAACCAUUGCUACAGUCUAUAUUAUAGACUGCCAGUACGCUCACCAGCUUAAAAACCAAGCUACAGCCUUUCCAGGCUAUAGUCCACAUUAUAGACUGCCAAUACCCUCACUGUUUUAUUACUUUUAUUAAUAUUAUUUAUCUAAGUGACUUUACCGAAAAAACCAAAGAAUACGGGGCAACAUGUGUUUGAGCACAGCAUUGAUACACGAUGCUUUUUCUGGAAGACUUUGCUGUUUUUCCUGGAUUUUUCUGUUGCGCGUAGUCACUUUAAGAUGUUUUCUUGUUCAUGUUUUGUUUGUUGCGGUUGCACCCGAUUCAAGAGCCGAAUGGCUCACAGCGCUAUACCAAAUAAAUGGACUGAACUGAUGGUUGGGGGGGGGGGUCUUAGCUGCCUUGGCCCUACAUUUUUGCAUACAAAGUGCUCGCUACAGUUCUAGAUUUGAAGCUUUCGUGACUGCAAUGAUUCAUAUUCUUAGGUUUUUUCGGUAAAGUCACGUAGGUAAAAACAUUAAAAAGUAAAAUAAAAUAAAAAUCACGAUGUGACGGAAGCUUGUGUUGCCUCCGAAACGUCGUGAUUUUUAUUUUAUUUUACUUUUUAAUGUUUUUACCUACGUGACUUUACCGAAAAAACCUAAGAAUAUGCUCGCUACAGAUGGAACGCAACGCCUCCCCGACCUCACCGAGGAGCGUAAACCACCACGUCAACUCCUCGCAGCAGCAGCAGCGGCAUCGGUGGCGGCUCUUGGCUGACCAUCGAACAAAGACGGUGGCCGCAGGAACGCUCUUCCUUCCGAUAUAAGGAAGCCACUGUAGCCAUUCGAUUAUAAAUCUGAUCUGAAAACGAAUUUCUUUAGAACUGAUUUUUAUGCGUUUAGCAUGUCGUCGUUCAACCGCACCUCUGAUGGCUACGUACGGCGUGAAAUAAGUUCAACAUACGUACGAGUACGCGCAUUUGAACGCUGCGUUUCCAGAGGGGGUUGCCCUCAUUGGAAUCGGAACGUGCGAACCAACUCCGGUGUUCAGCACGAGGCGGCGCUCAGGGACCUCGCAACGCAACCCAGCGAAUUGGCAAGGGUUGUGAUUGUUCUAUUUAAAGCUUUCGUGACUGUAGGGAUUCAUCUUCUUGGUUCUUUCGGUAAAGUCACGUAGAAGGGAAAUAAUAAAAUAAUAAAAUAAAACAUAAUAAAAUCAUUCUCACGACGUUUCGGCCACAACGCAAGCAGCCGUCCUCAGGUGAAGACCAGGUCUGUCGGGGAGACAGCGUCUGAAUUACAUGACAUACGUGACUUUACCGAAAGAACCAAGAAGAUGAAUCCCUGCAGUCACGAAAGCUUUAAAUCGAAGUGGUAAACAUGUUGACGAAUGUGCCGUAGCGUACUGAUGAGGCCUAACGAGGACGAAACCGGUCCACAGUUGCGUCUCUCUGUUGCAAUGCGGCCCGCUGUUCUGCGUUGUUAAAUCUACUCGUCUUUUUUUGGUGUUGUGACUGGGGUUUCUCCCCCCCCCCCCCGUCAUUCACAGAUUUGAAUUACUGUGCACAAGCGCUUUAAACAAUGGGAUGCAAUGUUGAUGUACAACACUGACAUUUGUUCUUUAUAGACAGUUGCUUAACUAAACCUUGCACGCGACUGUAAGCAUAGAGAUAUGGCGUAAAAGUCAGGUGUGUUUGUGUGCACUGGAUCUCUCUCUAAUCUAGAAUGGAGUGUUUUUUUUCAACUCAGAAUGUUUUUCUGAUUUUCCAUUGAAAUUUGCUUUCAUUUGUACCUCACUACAAGUCAAAUAUUAAUUACCCACAAAUUAGUAGAAACAUUUUCAAGCCCCCUAAAUUCUGUUCUCUUACAAUAAUGUAUUUUGUGCUCAUCAUACAUGCGUGGAAUUACGGCUAUAAAAAAAACAAAAAUAUCUUUGUUCACAAUUCUACAUGUCUGUACAAACGUUGCGAUUGAAUAUACACACAGCUCAUAAUUCAUAGAAUCCCCCCACAGGCGAAAUACUCUUCAAACACGGAUUGGCCAAACAUCUAAGUUGUAUCGCCAUCCUGACAAAAAAAGUCUGAAGAAUGAGUGACGCUUUCUUGGAAAAACUUAUUUUCCAUUGCCCCAUUACAUACAGUAGGUUUGAAUCAGGUGGCGCGGUUCCACGUUCGUUAUGCUUCGUUAAACCCAGCAAUAUGACUGAGUUUAAUUCCCGACCACGGCUAACAUCAGUGGCGAAUUCUAUAUGAACCGGUCCCAUCCCCUCCAAAGACCCACACCGACCAGGGUGGGGAAGUAUGGCCAAAUACACCCCAUGACUGACGCAGAAAUGGGAGGCCAUCUUCCCGUCUAAAGAUUGACUAAAGCGCCGCUAAUUGUUAUUGCUAUGUUUUGGAUUCAUAUCACCGCAAUAAAUAGAAUACAUUUACAUGUCAAAAGAGUGACCCCCACAUAGUGACGAUCCGUCUGAUGGCGUAGGUAUUUCAUUAUUGUGUCCCGACUUAAAAAAAACGUGCAACAAAAAAUCGUCGGUAGUACAGUAACACCUCGGUUUACGUCGGGGAUGCGUUCCUGAAAGGCGCAAUGACGAAUAUCGAAGCGACGUCAAUUGAAGCGAGUGACAGAGUAGGUGGUGGUGGUGGUGGAGGCAAAGGCUGAGAGGCGACGGGUAACGAGAAAGGAACGGACGGUGCCGCCAGCGACGUGAGUGCGGGGUUGAGGCGACGCAAGUUGGGUAGUAGCCGUGUCGAUGAUAAAGUGCCGACGUGUUUGCGAGACGACGCAAAAGGGGGCGACGUAAAUCGGGGUAUUGCCGUCCUGCCCUAAAGUUGGUCCUCGGUUCGUGCCAUUGAUAGGGCUUCAGUCUCGCCCCGUGAGUGCCUUCAUCCAACAGGGGGCAGCCCAUGGUUGCUGAUGUUGCACUCGCCUAGCCAGUUUGCAAGUUCACCUGUCGAGCUGAAUAUUCUUUGCUCAUGCCACCUAGCGGUCACCAGUUCGUCGAUUGGCAACUUCUGUGUGGUGGGGGGCAGAGGUCGCAAACGGGUUUUGAUUCCUUACCCGUGCCCGUACCCGGCCGCACCAGGGUCGCAAACGGGUACCCGUACCCGGCCGUACCCGUACCCGGCCGGGUACGGGUAGGGUACGGGUAUCGGGUACCUGAUUGCGACCUCUGGGAUGAAGUCAUGUUGCAGGCGCGGGUGGGUUGAUUCUAGGAACUUGAAUUGUGAGAAGAGACAAGACGUUGGGAAAUGAGUGACAAACAGUUACUCACAAGUGACUCACGGUCUACCCGUACCCGUACCCGGCCGCACCAGGGUCGCAAACGGGUACUCGUACCCGGCCGGGUACGGGUAGCCGGGUAUCGGGUAAGGUACGAUUAUCGGGUACCCAGUUGCGACCUCUGGUGGGGGGUAAAGUGUUGGGUGAUCCCACCUGCUCCGAGACAUCUGAGCAGCAUGGAGAUCCUCUCCAGGGGACUAUCGAGAGCUCCCUCUUGCUGAGGUUUGUUCACCAGCAGUGGAUCGAGCAAGCCGUUUCAGGGCUGUGACUUUACCAUGCUAAAGAUGUGUUUUUUUUGUUACGUUAUUAUGAUUUAGCCGAGUCAAUCUGCAUUGACUGCUUUACCCGCUGUAGUUCUCAUUUUUUUAUUUUCUUUUUGAUAAAAUGUGCAGUGUAACAACGUUACGAGUUGUCACCAAUUACCGCAUGGGCUUUCGACAAAGAUAUGUAAGGCUGCUUAUAUAUAACAAAAAAAGUUGUACCGUAUUGUCGGCCAACUUUCUGGUGUCCCUUUCCGAAGUUUGUUAGGCUGGACUUCGUACAGACGCGUCGCAGAGUUGUGGAGCGAUUCAGCCGCUCGGCGAGUCGCCGAAUUAGCCUCGCUUCGUCGUCAGCUGCCGUGAUCUGUCCACUGCUGGACGAAGCUUUCCUCCCAAAGCUUCGCCGUCUCUCGCCGUGUAACGGAUUCACCGAGCCACGUGCGAAUGAGCUGAGUGAAGGAAUGAUGUACGCAUGCUAUGUUGAAAUUCUUUCGCUCCGUUCGUAGCCCACCGUCCUAAUCAGAAGUAGGCCUUCGUCCAGCAGUCUCUAUUGACAAUCAGCUGUAGAUUAUGCUCUACAAUCUUAAUUUGAAGCUUUCGUGACUGCAGGAAUACAUACUAUUUGGUUCUUUCGGUAAAGUCACGUAGGUAGAAAAAAUGAUAGAUCACGACGUUUCGAUCGCUACACA